GCCGCCUGGCGCUUCCUGUUUCCGGUUCCCGGAGUGGAGCACCGCGAGGUGACGGGGGGAACGCUGGCUGUGACACGAGCUCUGGGACCGGGGUCUGCGGCUAGCCCUUUGCUGGCCCUGUCUCCCAACCCCAGACAGGUACUCACCCGGGGAGUCUGAGCUUUAGCUGCUCCCUUUGCCCGUGACACGAUGCUCCCCUCCUACAGCUGCUGGAGGACUGGAUUACUACUGUUGCUACUCCUGGCUGUGACAGUAAAAGAAUCCUGGCAGGCGGAAGAAAAAACCUGUGACCUGGUAGGAGAACCGGGUAGAGAGUCAGAGAAAGAGUUGGCUCUACUGAAGAGGUUGAAACCACUCUUUGGCAAAAGCUUCGAGAGCACUGAGGGCCAGGGCCCAGAAACGUAUCUGUACGUAUUCAGGGUGUGCGGGGAAGCUGGCAACCUCUCCUCUGGGGCAGGCCUGGUGCAGAUCAACAAAAAUAAUGGGAAGGAGACGGUGGUGGGGAGACUCAACGAGACUCACAUCUUCAAUGGAAGUAAUUGGAUCAUGCUGAUCUAUAAAGGGGGUGAUGAAUAUGAGCGUCACUGUGGCAAGGAGCAGCGUCGGGCAGUGGUGAUGAUUUCCUGCAAUCGACACACCCUAGCGGACAAUUUUAACCCUGUGUUUGAGGAGCGAGGCAAAGUCCAAGAUUGUUUCUACCUCUUUGAGAUGGAUAGUAGCCUGGCCUGUUCUCCAGAGAUCUCCCACCUCAGUGUGGGUUCUAUCUUACUUGUCACGUUUGCAUCACUGGUUGCUGUCUAUAUCAUCGGGGGGUUCCUAUACCAGCGACUGGUGGUGGGAGCCAAGGGAAUGGAGCAGUUUCCCCACUUAGCCUUCUGGCAGGAUCUUGGCAACCUGGUAGCAGAUGGUUGUGAUUUUGUGUGCCGUUCUAAACCCCGAAACGUGCCUGCUGCAUAUCGUGGUGUGGGGGAUGACCAGCUGGGGGAGGAGUCAGAAGAAAGGGAUGAUCAUUUAUUACCAAUGUGACUGCACUUUAAAUGCCCAGCUUCUUCUUCAGUCCCCCAAGCCAAAGCUUACUCAGCUAGAUUUCUUAAGGCAGUCUCUACUUCAGUCGCUCAUCUCACCCUUAAUGUUGCUCUUGCUUUCCAGUUUGCGUUUGGUUUGCAUCCUCUUCUCACUAGAGACACUUCCCUUUUUCCCUAUUUUCAGUUUUCCCUCUGGAGGUGGAGUUGUAGGCCAAAGGUAAUAGGGCCAGUGACAAGAGACUGUUGCGCUCUUAGUAUAGGAAGUACAGGAAGGUACAAGUACGAUAGUUUUAAUGAGCAAAACGUGGCAGGCUUGCUGGCCCUUUCUUUUUAAACACAUUUUCACAAGUUUUUGAGACACUGGAUUUCUUUAAUUAAAAAAGCAAAGAACUAUUAUUUAUACAAAGUUUGAUUGCUUUCAUGCUCUUACUCUAUACCCUACAGUAGUCUCCAUGAGAAUCUGGAUGUAAUUUCUUGCUGCUUGGAACUACUUUGCAGUGAUUACUUGGUUGCAGUCCAAGUACUACCAUUUCGUCUGAGCCUGGAGAUGAAGACCUGCUUCUCCCGCCUCUGGGGUUAGGAUGGGAAAUAUGUGAAAAUUCCCAAUUAGAGGAUGAUAAGGUACCAUCACAUCAUUCGUUGGCAUUGGAGUGACUUUAUAGUUGGAAUUGGGCCCUGGAUUGUGGGGUCUUUGGUUAUUAGUCUGUAUGUGGCCAAAAUGCCUAAUCCAGAAGUCCUGUCCGUUAGAAGUCGAGUGUCCCCUCUAUGCUACAGGAGUUCCAGAAAAGGAAGUUUACCUUGUAUUGGGAUCUCCUUGAUGGCUUUUUCCUCCCACUCGGAGUAAAAACCGGCAAAGCUUUUCUUACUCCUGAGAUAUUUCCCUCCACCAGUGUUUCUAAACAUGUUGUACUUUCUUCACAGGCAUGUCGUUUUGACUUUUUUAUUUUCAAUCUUCUGGAAAGGGAAUGGAGGCAGAAGUGGGACCUCUAGGGCUCUGUCAUCCUCUGCUCUGGGUGUGGGAUGCCGCUGCACCUGUCCCUUCUGACUCAGGGAAGUAUCUUCUUGCCCACAUUUCUGUGGAGAGGUUUUUAAUCCUCUGAGGUUUCCACCUUUAUAUUUAGGCCGUGUGCCCAGAAACCUGGCCUGAUCUUUAAUAGUGAACCUGUGCCAUUGAAGAGUAACAUGGCUCCGCUGGACACAAGAGGAUGGAAUGAAUCAAUAGGCAGGGACCUUUUAUAGCCUUAGAGAAGAAAAUGAAAUUAUUUCAUCCUUGGACUUUUAAAUACUAUUGGGAUGAUUUUUUUUGCUUUCUAAACAGGGAAAAUAAUGUUAUAAAAGCAUCUUUUUUGUUACUUGUUUGCAU